UUUAGCACAGUCAGAUCUCUUUUUUUCUCAUAGAAUUAACAGCAGUAUGAUGAACUGACCCCAUUUACCUACACACGGGGGCCCGUGCGCCGGCUUAUGACGCAAUUCAAAUAUGUCUAUUGUGUUUAGUGGACAAAUUUGAGAAGCUGUAGACAACAGCGCUCUACUUACAUCGCUGUACUAAGCAAGACUUGUCAAGCUUGAAAGAGAAAAUGGUAUACGAUGAAUUCAAACUGAAGACCUCCAGCUUUUUUGCUGUUCAAAAUAAAAAAAAAAAUCCAAAAGGAGUAUUAUAAUAAAAGUUACAAUAGACACCAAACUGAAAAAACAGUACUGCCUGUCUGGUCAUCCCACUCUGCCCUGCAAUGUCCUCAAGUUCAAGUCGACGACUGUCAUGCUGGACUGUGGGCUAGACAUGACCUCGGCCCUGAAUUUCCUACCGCUGCCUUUGGUGCACAGCCCAAGACUAGCAAAGCUACCUGGAUGGGUUUCAAAGGAUGGAAACACUUUUUUGGAAAAGGAACUAAAGGAAUGUGCAGGUCGGGUUUUUGUGGACUCCCUCCCAGAAUUCUGCCUGCCAGAGAGGGAGUUAUUGGAUCUGUCAACCAUUGAUGUAAUCCUAAUUUCCAACUAUCACUGCAUGAUGGCUCUGCCAUACAUCACAGAACACACUGGAUUCACUGGCACCGUCUAUGCCACAGAGCCCACUCUGCAGAUAGGAAGGCUGCUUAUGGAAGAGCUUGUGAAUUUUAUUGAAAGGGUUCCAAAGGCUCAGUCCGCCACCUGCUGGAAGAACAAGGACAUACAAAGGCUUCUCCCAGCACCCCUGAAGGAUACAGUAGAAGUGUCGACCUGGAAGAGCUGCUACACAAUGCAGGAAGUGAACUCCGCCCUCAGCAAGGUUCAACUGGUUGGAUACUCACAGAAAAUUGAACUGUUUGGUGCUGUGCAGAUCACUCCGCUUAGCUCUGGCUAUUCAUUGGGCAGCUCCAACUGGAUCAUCCAAUCACAUUACGAGAAAGUAUCCUAUGUGUCUGGAUCUUCACUCCUCACUACACAUCCACAGCCCAUGGACCAGAGCUCCCUAAAGAACAGUGAUGUUCUUAUUCUGACUGGCCUGACCCAGAUCCCUACCGCCAACCCUGAUGGCAUGCUGGGAGAGUUCUGCAGCAACCUAGCAAUGACUGUGCGUACCGGAGGGAACGUGUUGGUGCCCUGUUAUUCCUCCGGAGUGAUCUAUGACCUACUCGAGUGUCUCUACCAAUUCAUCGACUCAGCUAGCCUGACCACCAUCCCUUUCUACUUCAUCUCCCCUGUCGCAAACAGCUCCCUUGAGUUCUCGCAGAUCUUUGCUGAAUGGCUCUGUCACAAUAAGCAGUCAAAGGUCUACCUCCCAGAGCCUCCCUUCCCUCAUGCUGAGUUGAUUCAGACAAACAAGCUGAAGCACUACCCCAGCGUGCAUGGAGAUUUCAGCAAUGACUUCAAGCAGCCAUGCGUGGUGUUCACCGGGCACCCCUCUCUGCGUUUCGGAGACGUGGUGCACUUUAUGGAGUUGUGGGGAAAGUCCAGCCUCAACACCAUCAUCUUCACAGAGCCUGACUUCUCCUACCUCGAAGCCUUGGCCCCAUACCAGCCCCUCGCCAUGAAGUGUGUCUACUGUCCCAUUGACACCCGCCUAAACUUCAUCCAGGUCUCCAAGCUGCUGAAGGAGGUUCAGCCCCUCCAUGUGGUGUGCCCAGAACAGUAUGUCCGGCCUCCCCCUGCUCAGUCCCACCGCUCAGAUCUGAUGCUGGACUGCCAGCCACCCACCAUGCCAUACCGCCGCUGCUCUGUGCUCAGUCUGCCCUUCAGGAGGCACUAUGAGAGGAUUGAGCUGCUGCCUGAGCUUGCCGAUUCACUAGUUCCCUCAGAGAUUAAACCGGGUAUCUCCGUGGCAACUGUCACCGCGGUGCUGCACUCAAAGGACAACAAACACGUACUUCGGCCUACCCUGAAGCUGGCACUAGCUCCCCCCCCCUCCAAGAAGAGGAAGCGUGUAUUGGAGGAGCCCCCUGAACACCGAGCCCCCAAACCCCUGCUGAGUGGUGCAGUCCCCAUCGAGCAGUUCCUGGCCACACUCCAAAAGCAUGGGAUCACAGAAGUGAAGGUGGAAGACACUCCUGAUGGACACAUCCUCCACCUGCAGGACGAAGACACACUGAUCCAGCUAGAAGAAGACUCCACUCACAUCAUCUGUGACAACAAUGAGAUGCUGCGAGCCACUCUCAGGGACCUGGUGCUCCGAUUCCUGCAGAAAUUCUGAUAGACCUGGUCCUGAGAACUCCAACAAAGACUCUCUUUCACAAAGUGCUCCAUAAUCAUCUGCUCUGCCAUGUCCAAAUAUUUGAGAACUGAGCCAGUUUACAUCUCUUUAGUAUGCAGUGCCAUUACUCCUUUCCCCAAAUAUAUUAUCAGUAGUCCCUGCAGUGCUGCUGAAAAAAAGAUUACAGCAUGUAAAAAAAGAAAGCUUACCAAACCGUGUCCUCAGUGAUAAGAUGCCCUAUAACAUACCAGUGAGAUCUGUACAGAAGGUCUAGGAGGCCUGGUUGUCCUGUGGAUUAGUGUGCCUACAGCAAUUUCAUUAACCCUGUUUUACUUGGUUGCAACAGGUUGACAUUUUCACUAAUGUAUAUGCUGGAAGUAUUUAAAUGGAUAUUAAAACAAGAGCCCUUAUCUAUUGAUGGUGGUCCUUUCUUACCUUUUUGCAUGUGCAAAAAAGGCCAGAGCCCUGCAGCUGGUUAAGAAGAAAAGAAGGUCUUUAGUGAUUGCUGAUAAGUUAUUUUCACUACCAGCCCAACAGGAAAGCAGCAGGGAGUUUUUUUGUUGUUUUCACUUUUGAACAACACUUUUAUUUGUGAUUGUAUUCAAAUAAACUACUGGUUUUGUAACUGUAAA